CGAAAAGGAAAUGCAAUGAUGAAUUUUCCUGGGUGACUUUACUGGACGAUAUUGGUCAGAACAUGACAGCAAUGAGCUUAACUGAGAAUUAUAUUAUCUGCAUCUAUUGGUCUAUAGUAACAUUUGCUACUGUUGGGUAUGGUGAUAUCCAUGCAGAGAACAGUUUGGAAGCCCUUUUCUGCGUGCUGCUAAUGUUUAUCAGUUUGCUUGCUCUUACUGGCAUUAUCAUUUGUGGAAUCAGUUCUAUUGUAACUAACUUGGAUGCUCAAAGAGGGAGCUAUUACUACCGUCUUGAAGUUAUCGAGAAGAGUAUGGUAUGUAUAAGCAAUGAUCUCUUUAAAAGAAUGUUACAAAAAUGUAAAAUUAUACUAUGUAUGUGUCUAUACAAACAACAGGCAGUUUAG